UAAAUAUAAUUGUGAAAUCUCUGUUUCUAGGUUUCUUACUGUACAGUUCCAUUUCUCAUUGUAAUUUAUUUAUUUAUUCAUUGUCCGCAGACAUGGAUUUAAAAAUUAUACUUGUUGCUAUGACGAUGGUUGCUAUGAUUCAUUGUGAGGAUUGCAACACCGAGCUUUCUGAAACUUCUGGAGUGAUAGUAUCGGGGAAAUACGGACAUGGCAUCAACUGUUCUUGGACAAUAACUGCUCCAAAAGGAAAUUACGUCAAACUGGAAUUCAACAAGGAAAAGUUUGAUGUCGUCAGCAAGUUCAUGUCUUGUAGCCACGACUACGUACAAGUGUUUUACGACUCCGCUAUCCCGAGCCCACACAUCCAAACUUUCUGCAAAUCGUUCGGGAAUAAAUUUGUCCCGAAAGACGUGAUAACAAGCACAACAAAUGUUCUUGUCAUUAGACUUAUCAGCGAUACGUUUUUCAAAAACGGGGAGGGAUUUGAAGCAAAAUACACUGUUGUGGAUGAGUUUGGCGAACCGAUUGCACCUGAAGAAGGAGGUUUUGAUGAAGAUGACUGGGGGGAGGAUACCACGGGUCGACUCAUUGCUGGAAAAUAUGGACUACCUAUGAAAGAUGAAGGCAAAACCAAGGUCGAAAAAGAUUGGGAUGGAAAAAAAGUGCCCACAUUGGGAUCGAAAUCAAAGGAUAGCAAAAAGAAAAACAGAAAAGGAAAGAAACGUCGGGGUAAGAAGGAAAAGAAGAGCAAAGAAGAGAGAAAACUGGAACGUAAACUUCAACGACAAAAAAUAAAAGCGCUCAAGCGUAAAGCAAGGAAAGCCGAAAGAAGACGCAGAUCAAAAUCAAAAGCUUAAAAUGGGUUUUAACCCUUUAUCUACAUAUAAAAAAAAAAACGUCAUUAACCCACAUACCGCUACUAACAACUCAUGGUUUACUACGGCAACCAUCUUUGCAGUCUCCAUCCAACCUGGACUUGUAAUCACAUGGAAAAUUGCAUAUGAUUAAGUCGUCUUUUCCGAUGGUCUGAACAACUUUUUUUAUCCCCCUUAUAAUAAUGUCAUAAUUUUUUUUUAAAACAUGCGAAAUUUUUUUCUUAAGUAUCGUUGGGAAGCUUGUUUUAGCCUCUUCCCACUCACUGUCACACAUAGGCUUAAUCGGUCUUAUCGGCUUUCCUCGUUGCUGAGACAGAGACUGAAAUCCUAUCCUGUCUUACCCGGCUCCGACAAAACAAAUUUGCUAGUGAGCAUCAUGAAAGCAAUCUUGGUGUUUCGAAAAGUCAGCGCUCGCAUUUUAAACGCUCUGCACAUUGGUUGUUAUGUAUAUAUAUUACGGGAUUAGGAAUUGAUUAUUUUGUUAUUCAAUCGGAACCCUAAAUAUCGAAAUUUGAAUUUGUAUUUCAAAUUUACUGAUCAAUUAAUUUUAAUUAUUUUGAAAUAUCUAAUCUUAAUAAUUUUCCAAAUGUUGAAAAAAUCAUGUUAAUUUCUACAUUUUUACGUUUCAAAUAUUACUAACUUAUGUCAGUCUUUGUUGCAUUCCUCAGGAUUUCCACUUUUCUAUAUCUCUGUUUGAAAUAAUUUUUAAUUUGAAUGCUGAAUACCGGUACGGUGGUAUCAAAAUUUGAUUUUAAUUUGAAUCUCACAAGUUCAUAAUUCAUUAAUAAAUUCAAUUUUAUAAUUAAGAAUUGAUUAAUAAGUUCAAUAUUUAUAGAUUGAUUAAUUUUAUCAGAACUACUCUACCUAACUUCUAAAACCAAAAGUUGACGGCUUGGACCUUUUUUUGAACAAAUUUGCAACUCUUCUAUCGGUACUCUUUCACUUUGAGUUAAGUGCUCGGGAAGGCUAUUUACUAGGGGUCAGCAACCUUUUGUCACUCGCGGGCCAAAAUGCAAGUCUUGGCACAUAUUUUUAGAAAGUAAAAAACCAAGAUGGCCAAUGACUCGAAAUUUUUUCACACAGAUUAGAAGAAGAAAAUUAAGGAGACUGCGACAACAUGUGAACUCAUCCUAGUCGUCUUACUAAAAGAAAAAAAAAGUUACAAAUGACAUAUAAUAAUGUGAUAAUUAUUGUUGAUUAACAUCAGUGAGACAUCUCUCUAAUAAAUAUGGAUUUUAUUUCCCCAUUGCAUUGAAUACUUUCUGCGCUAUUGGACCAGCUUCACCAAGCAUCAACUUUUCUGCGCUUUGUUGCCGUUUGUCUAAUUAUAAUUAAAUUGUAAACUCGUUGAAUGAGUAGCUAGCUGUUCACUAAAUUGUUAGGUUAUAAAUAAUAUAAUUUAAUCUACAAGUUCUCACAAUAAAGUCUCUCACGUGAAGAAUAUAGUCGUAGAAACAUUUUUUUUUUAAAACAUUGGUCGCGGGCCGGAUUACUUUACUCUACAGUCCGGAUCUGAGCCGUAGGUUGCAGACCCCCUGCUACAUACCUUCGUUUGAGCAAGCUUGCUAAAAACUUACUUUCGUUAAUAUCUACCCCUCGUUCUGAACUGUUAUAUUUUUUUUUAUAUCUUUCCUAAUCUUAUCAACUGUAUCUGUGACUCUUAUCAAUGUGAUAUUCAUUCCGUAACUUUCUGUUUCAAGUUCAAAGGUCAUUGUGAGUUACCUUUCUGCUUCAUAUAUCCUGUGUUUAUCUGGUGCCAAUCUAUGCUUUCUCAAAAUCACUGCUUUUUGUGUUUAUCCAAUGAAUCUGUAAUAAAUUGAUUUUGCACUGAGAUA